GCUCCGAAACUUCUCCAAACAAGGCGCAGAGCUCAGCAGCGCUUGUAGCUCCUGUUGCAGAUAAAAAAUGCGACGUUUGCUCUCGUUUCAUCUUGAGGGGAACGAUAUGGACAGCCAGGGUUAAUUCUGAGUGCAUUUAAAAGGAUUUCUUUUGGCAUUCUUCAGUGAGAAGUGCUUAACAAAACUGAAAACCCGUCGUCAGUCCUCGUCUCCCCUUGACCAGCCAUAAUGGUCCGUCUCAGCGUGGACCUAAUUGCCAGGACUAGUGCUCAUGGGAAAAACAAAAGAAACGAGGCUCUGGAGCAGUACCUCAAGAAGCUCACUCACCUGAAUUUUUCCAACAGGAAUAUUGAAGAUAUUGAUGACCUUUCCGUCUGCAGGAACCUAACAGUCCUUUAUUUGUAUGACAAUCAAAUAACACAGAUCUGUAACCUUGGCUUUGCAUCCAACCUCACUCACCUGUACAUGCAGAACAACAACAUCACACUCAUUGAGAACCUGUCAGCCCUUCAGAAGCUCUCCAAACUGUACCUGGGAGGGAACUGCAUCACAGUGGUGGAAGGGCUCGAGAACCUGAAAGAGCUGACGGAGCUGCACAUUGAGAGCCAGAGGCUGCCCCGUGGGGAGAAGCUCCUGUUUGAUCCCAGGACACUCCGCUCGCUCUCUGAUUCUCUGUGUGUGUUCAACAUCAGCAACAACCACAUUGAUGAAAUUAAAGAACUGGCCGUUCUGAAGAACCUCACUCAGUUUGAUGCUGCAGAUAAUCAGCUUAAAGAUAUAAAGGAGUUAGAGCUGGUUUUCAGCCAGUGGCCCCAGCUGUGGCGAAUGGAUUUGAGUGGAAAUCCAGUAUGCCAUAAAACCAAGUUCAGGGACAGACUGAUACUUGUGUGCAAGAAUCUUGAGGUCCUUGAUGGGAAGGAGAUUAACGAGUUGUCCAGACAGUUUCUAAUAAAGUGGAAAGCUUCAAAAGAGGCCAAGAGGAAAAGCAAAGAGGACAGACUAAUAGGCGAACAAACCACCUAUUCAAAGCCUUCUGAGUUUCAGAUACCAGCCCAUCUUGUUCCAAACACAUAUACCCACCCGGGCUUUCCGAGCAAGAGGAAGCCAAUGGAGUUUGGAAGACCGCCUUUGAAAGCCAAGUCAGACCUCCGCAAAACCCACACUAGUGCAAUAAGAUGUCAGAGUGUGAAGAAUUCGAAGAGUGCAGCUCCACUCCAGGAUGUAGCAGAGUCCCCUAAGGUCCUCAGUCAUGUAGCUGUGUGACAGCUUGCAGUGCUACUUGUUGUGUUGUGCUGUACUGUACAUGCUUGUAUGGAGAGGGGAUAGUGGAGCUAUUGUGCUCUGAUUCCUUAUUAUUUUAUCCAGACACAAUGUCGGAAUCCAGCAACUUCUCAUAGGAGUUACACGUAGGCCAUCAUGCAUACAGGGCAAUGUUGAAUAUCAACUUCUGAAAAUGCAAUAAGAAACAUAGAUGCAGAAUUCACACAAAACGUCCCGAGGCCCAUGAAAUAGAAUUAAAUUUGAUCAUAAUUGAGAAAAUCAUUUGGUACCCUUUCAAUGUCUUUAUUGUGUCUGUCCUGUAAAUUUCCAGUUGUUAAUUGUAACAUUGUGUUUGUUCAGUGCCAGCAUGAGGUGAUGUAAUCCGAUUUAAAGCCCAAAAUAAACUUAUUUUGGUAACAAG